ACAAAUACUAAAAACAAAAUACUAAUCAAAAGCGUGGAUAAGAUAGGACUCUCAUUUGUCUUCAAGAGCUAAUACUUCAAACUGAUAAAUGAAAUAAACAAUUUUGUAGUAAACGAUUUCUAGAUUAAUUCUCCAAGUAAUAUUUUCUAUAAUCUCUAUAGCUGCUAUCAAAUUCGUGUUUCCAAGUUUUAGAAUUAUCAAUUAAAAUAAUAUUUAUUGUUAUACGUAAUAAUUUGUCAAUAUGACAACACUAACAAUUGUUUAUCAGUGCGAUUAAUGAAAUAUUUCCAGACCAAAAGCUCUUAGCGAUAAGGCCAAUAGAAAAGCUCGCUUAGUGUUUAACAAAUUCAUUCAGUUAGUGAAUGAAAAUCAUGGUCAUCGUUCGAUUAAUGCAAGAGAUUGAUAUCGGGGAGGCAACUCGUUUCUUGCGCGAUCAUUUUUAUGGCCAGGAGCCGCUGAUGCAGACGCCAGGUGCUCAGCCGGUGGCUCACGAUCAUCCAAAGAGACGAGAGUAUCGGCUAUCGCUAAUACGUCAGGGCACUUCACUCGUUGCCCUCGAUGGGGAGCGCAUUGUGGGCGUGGCUUUCGCUGACAUACUGCGGCCCAGCGAUCUGGAACAGAAUUGGCUCGAAGUAAAUGAGCAGAAGCCGCAGCAGCUAAUUGAGCAUGUUCAUUACUUCCUCUCCGAUGUGGAGCGCAGAGUGCGAAUCUUUGAGCAUUACAACGUCACCAAUACCCUGUACUUGAGUAUACUGGCAGUGGAUGCGGCGGUGCGACGCCAGGGCCUGGGACGGCGGCUUGUCAGUGCCCUAAUGGACUUGGGUCGUGUCAAGGGAUUACCUCUACUAUUCACCACCUGCACCAGCCUCUACUCCACUCGUGUGAUGGCUGCCCUGGGCAUGGAUUCUGUGCUGUCAGUGCCCUAUGCGGACUACAAGGAUGACCAGGGAAUCGCUGUGAUUCAACCACCAGCACCGCACACUGCGGUCACUGUAAUGGCUAUCAAAUUGUAGGCUUAUAAGCGCUAAGAGCUAGGCCAUGGCAAUGUAGAGGUGAGAUGCGUGAAUGCAGUUUAAAUUAGUUUAAUGCUGUUUAUAAAUAUUAAAG